CUAGUGGUUUAGAAUGAUUCUUAUCACCCAGACACGAUGGGCCGCAGCAGCAUUGCCGCAUACUCGCACGCUUGGAUUGACUGAUCAAGGCUUCCAGCUCAAGUCAGAAAAUACCAUGUGAGAUGGGGUCCAAUCCUUCAUUAUUCUCAUAUUUAUUUGAAUAUGUCCCAGCCUCACCCUUAGAUCUAAGCCUGCCUUUAUUUCAAUCCAAUUCUUCCUAGGCGACUUUUCCAUUCCGGGGGAUCACUGUCGUUCCAAUACACCCUCGCAUGGCAACAAAGUACUCAACAACUAACCCGCGCACAUUAUAUUGGGAUUUUGGGGUUAUUUAUUUGUACAGGAAAAUCCAUUGUUAAGCUCCUUUUGACAUUUGUUAUCGAGGUUUGCCACUUUCUUUUGGGCCGGCAUCCCUCUUGGUUGAAUCACCUGAGCAAUUGUGUAGUCAUGCCUCAUGUUGUCUCUCAAAUGCAGCCAAGAGAAAGGCCUGAAAAAAUUUACAACUACAAACAGAAAUUAAUAAAGGCGGCAAUUUCUCAUGAAAACCUUCGUUCACCUAGUGGCCAACGUCAGAAUGCAAAUGGCGUGGCUCCCACGUUGAGUCUACUAGUUACUCCACAAAGUGCUUGGAAGUAUACAUCGGGUCGACAACUAAAGUAUUUUUCGCCGGACAGAUUAACACCCGUGUCUGCGGUCGAUUCAGUUUUUGAAUUAUCUUCGGCAGCCACAUAUCGUUCCCCAAAUUCAGCCAUAUCAUCAUUUAUUGCCGAAUUAGAAGAUACUUCUCCCGGGGCCGUUAAACCCCAGAAUCCUAAUAUGGAUUCAAAAUCUCCAAUCAGUCCUACACUCUCUGUAAGACCCCUCCACAAAGUAUCACGUUAAAAAUACUCAUUCAUACCUCCAGUUACAUGCAACAACAGCCAUUAACGCCAUCAAUGACUUUGAGGCUGAGAAUAAGCGACUUCUCGAGCGUGCUAUUGCCGCAGAAAAAGCUGCCAAGAGAUUAGAGGAGCAAAACAUGGAUCUCCGACGACAAGUCAACUAUUGUAUGGAACAACAUAGACCAAGAACUGCACCAUCGCAGAUAACCUCUCAAAAUCCUCGCAACCACGGUACUGGAUAUAGUACCACAACACCUCUCUCCGCUUUCAACACAAUGAUGGAUCAUGUGGAGGCUGACUAUUUGCCAACCCCCAUAAACACACCCAUUCCGUUUCCUCGGUGCAAUUCCUCCCUCCCAACACAAUCACCAGUUUCGCAACAAAGUAAAAUUACAACAAACAGACUUGGUCCUAACGGAUUCAUUCCAUCACGGAGACCACCUCCAAUUCCAGAGGGUACAAAAGUCCCUUUGUAUAGAAUUCAAUCCCUUCAUCCAGAUAUGGUGAGAAAGAACGAUGUAAAUAACUUACGAACAACAAGUUCUAAUAGUCGGAUAACCAGAAUUUCCUUGGCUGAUGCAAAGCUUAGGGAAAAGCCACUACCACCAUUAGGUCCAAUGGCACCGUCAGCAAUUCCGGGUGUGGUUGAAAUCGGCACCAUACACGAAGAUCUUAUUCCUAGGCCACAACUGCGGACCAAGAAAAGCUUCGCAAAGUUCUUUAGGAAAGGGAGGAAAGAAUAACAAGCGCAGAAUCACGACCUUCCAUCAGAAUAUACGGGAUGUCAUCUCAUUCAUCCCCAAAGUUGGACUUAAUUUGUAUAUAUCUGAUGAAUAACGAAAUGGUACAUACGGCAUGAUUGAUUGGUUCACUCAGAGUGAGGUUUCCUCUGAUCGGUGAAGUUGCAGGAAUUACAGUAAAAGCAACAACAUGUUUUUUCGUCGAUAUCCAUACUACUUGUACAUGAUUCGUUCCAUUUUCCCCCUUUUCUCAACAUUCCCUCUUUGCGGAAAAUAUUAUAGCAUUGUUUAUGCGGCAAGAAAAUUUGUGUUUGCACUUCUGCAUUACAUCCCU